CGCGGCCGUGACGUCGAUCUGGGAUUGAAUACUAGUCAAAAAUCCAAAAUAGAUAAAGAGAGUCGAUCAGAUGGUUGUCCAUCUCACUCGCUUCCUCUUUCACGGCGCACGCGCUCUGUCGUGGAGUCGUAAUCUUACCCGACUAUCUCCACACCUGUGGAUUGGCUAUACUACUAUCGUCUUAGCAAGGACCCAGCCACUGAUUUUUAUCAAACCCGGCCAGUUCCCUAUCAGCCGAAUAGAAAGAGCAAAUAGGAGAAAGCAGGAGAAAGCAGAGACCAAAGCAAUGGUAGGGUUAGGUAGGUAAUUCUCUCAGCUCACCGCAUCUACCACCAACAUAACAAUGCGACACUCUAUUUACAUAAUAAGCUAGAUCUAUCGAUUAGAAGGCCGAUCGAUAGAACUGCGCACCGCCACGAAAGGGAUUCGAGCUGCGCCACAUUAAUCAACGCUAGUGCACUUCUGUUUGUAUGAACUCUUGUAAUGAGUCUUCGGUGCCUGGCUACCAGUAAUAUUACCUUGGGACAGCCCUGCCAAGCAAUUGCUCCUCAUCCCAAACCAUUGACCGAUUAUCCACUUAGUAAGGAGGCUAGCAUGCAUGAGGGUGGAGCAUCUAGUAGUAUAGUAUUUUCCUGUUUCCCGACCAUCGGACAGUGGUUUGGCAGAACGGAG